AUGUCAUCACCCAUAGUCUUCGUUACCGGCACCGAUACGGAUAUCGGCAAAACAUUCACGAGCGCUCUGCUGGCUCAAAAAUGGGAAGCCAAUUAUUGGAAGCCGAUUCAAACAGGACUCGACAGCGAUCCCGGCGACACGAAAACAGUAGCGGAUUUCUGUAAGGGCAGGAAGCACACACCGCAUUUCUUCAAUCCUCGGUACGCCCUGCAGAAGCCUUUAUGCCCUCUUGACGCCAUGCGCUUUGAACCUGAAUAUGACAUUCAAUUGUCGGACUUCACGAUACCAAAAGAGCGGGCAGACCAGCCUUUGAUCGUAGAGGGUGCCGGUGGUAUCUACGUUCCCAUCACCAAGAAAUUGGAAAUUACUACUCAUCUAAUAAAAAGACUCCAGGAAACAACUCAAAGGCCAAUUCAGAUCGUGGUCGUUGCUAGGAGCGGACUGGGAACACUGAAUCAUACAUUGCUCACUUUGGAGCACCUGAAUCGGGCCGGACUGGAAAAACAUGUAGCCGGAUGCAUUUUGAAUGGCCCAGAGAACCCUGAUAAUGUUGCGACUCUCAAAGCUUAUGGGGCUAAUGUUUUGGCGGAAGUAAAGCAUUGUUCCAGCGAGGACGACAUUACUGCCGCUAUUGCAGCAAUUCCAGAUCUCGCCACUAUAUUUCAAUAA